UGUUUUUUUUUUUUUUUUUUUAAUACUAGCAUGCAUGUUGCCGCGAGAGGGACAAACCAACCAUGACAGUCCACGAAUUUCUCGAUGGGGGCGGGUAAGGGACAUGCUCCUUUGUUGCAGAAAAAAAAAUCCCACUCUGCUAAGAAUUGGCGGUCGGGAAGAAGAAACAACACACGCAGUGCUUGCUUCCCCGGAAGUUGGGGUUUUCCCUCUAUGGUUUUUGUCUUUUGUGUCCUUCGGGCCCAUUCUCCCCGCACAUCUAGCUAUACGAAUCAAUUGCUUUAUAAUUUGUUUCUUUUUCCGAUUUUUACAAAAAAAUUAUCUUGUCUACCUAAAAUCAGUUGUACUGUUCACUCCUCGUAGUGUAUCUGACGUUAGUGUCAAACGAGGGGCGACACAACGUGCACGAUCCCUUGCCUACCUCAACCAAAACUCAACCUCAACUGGGCUGUCGAGCCUGCAACAAGAGAGGCGCGUUAAAGUCUGGAUUCAGUUUUGUAUUGUUUACUCGAAUCAACAGGAACGGCUCAUCAGUCAUGGUCCAGGGCUCGGGGAUCCAACCUUGUCAACCUUAAAUCCAGAAGCCUCUAUUACGUGGUAAUCUUGUUCAUUUGCCCCGGGGCAACUCUUCUUCUUGCUUACCCCUAGGGUGCAUUCUUCAAUAAUAAAGAAAGAAGAAAAAAAAAACAGGAGCAGCAAGAAAGGCGACAAAGCAAUCCCCAGAAACCACCACGCCAACUCAAAUCUUUUCCGCACUCAUCCCGGCUGAGACGAGAGGACCCUUGCCAAUCUAGUCCGUUUUGCCUCCCUCUCGCCCGGUUGGCAACGGCGGCACACUCGCCCUUCUUCUACGUGGUACUCCGUAAGGUACUCUCUCGCGCAUGGGCUGGCGACUGACACGAGCAAGUUGAAUUUCAACGUCACCGAGGUGGACCAUCUUGGCAAUAAAUCUCAAAAAAAGAAAAAAGUCUGUGUCUCUUACUGCGCUCGACGCGCGGGGAAUACGGAAACACCAUCAUCAGCACACCGUAGGUCCGGCGUGUGCGACACGGGGUACAUGCAAAAGCACUGCCCUAUCCUCACCUUUGACUUGAAAAUCUUUACCUGGCCAGACGCUACGAGGAUCGCGCAAGUAACCUUGGGACGUGUAUCCAAGCCAUACGCCCCCAAGCUACAUACAGUUCGCGUCGUCUUUUUAUAGAACCAUUCCCAACUCUGCUAAUUCGCCUCCGGACCUGAAGGCUUCCUCACUCGCCCACACGCCUUUCUUUUUUUUUUUAUUCAUGUCACCGUCGGCUCAUCCGUUGAUAAUGGCCGCUGGCGGGACAUUUCUACCACCAGACUGUUGAGCUGGGACAAGCCUUGACUGUUACUGGGAUCCCGGUCUCGUUGUGCUUAUACUAUGCAGGACUUUACCGUCGAGGUCGACGGCGUACCAGACCGAGGCCCCGCAGUCUUUGCCGUCACUACCGCCACCCUGGUCUUGGCUACCGUCUUUGUCGGCGCAAGACUGGCUUGUCGAGGUCUUAUUGUUCGACGCUUCGGGUGGGAUGACCUUUCGAUUGUGAUUGCCUGGCUGUUCGCCGUCGGCAUCUCGGUGUCAAUCGCUCUGGGCACCCACAGGGGUCUCGGCCGGCACGAUGAGAACAUAGCUUCUGAGUACUUGCCGCAGCUCAGGCGUUGCGAAUAUGUCUUUUCCGUCUUGUACAACCCGGCCCUCAUGGCGGCCAAGACAUCUGUCCUGAUAUUCUACCUCCGACUCUCCAGAAAUACUCAGCCGCUGCUCCGCCUGGCCUCAAAAAUCGUGCUCUUUAUAGUCAAUACGGCCGGUGCCAUCCUCACCUUUAUCAACAUCUUUCAGUGCAAUCCAAUCAACGCAGCCUACGAUGACGUGGCUGGGCAGUGCGUGCCUCUCCUGACCGAGUUCAUCUGCUCUGCGCCCAUCAACAUCCUCACGGACCUGGCCAUCCUUGCCUUGCCGAUCCCAGUCCUCACGAGCAUGAGGCUACCUCCGCGACAAAAGACUAUUUUGGUUCUGACGUUUGGCCUGGGUAUUUUCGUCACCAUAGUCGAUGUGGUCAGGAUCUACUAUCUUCAAAACGCCAUCAACUAUGUUCCCAGUACAACGCAGACAUCGGAUCCAAAUGCCAUAUAUGGAGACUCGCCUCAGUUUAGCUGGAGCGCUUCUCUCUCCCUGAUGUGGUCUGCUGUCGAGGUCAAUGUUGGCAUCUCAACCGCAUGCAUCCCGACCCUGAAGCCUCUGGUGCUGCGUCUCCUCCCGGCAAUGAUUCUGGACCCCAAUGGUAACUACUAUGGAUCGAACAACACCAAAGAUAGAGAGGUGCUACCCACGGCAGCCCCUGCGCAGCCAGCAUUUGGGGCCGGCGGGGGCAUGCAGGCGCCACCACCGCAACCAUCUCCUACUUCCGCUGGAAACCAGGACCAAAGUCAACAGCUUGACACGCUCGAGUUUUUGACGACACCAGAGAUGGGCGGCACUGCCGCCACCCCCGGGACGCCACAGGCGAGUAAUGCUUGGUCCAACUUUAGACGGUCGACCGUAACGACUCUAGGGGCCCAGAGCUCAGCCCCGACCGAGAGCAACCUGUAUUUCGGGUUUGUGAGCAUCAAGAGGCCUAAAAGCAUGCUCAAGGCCACAAAGGCCGAAAGCUGGCGAUACGGCGCCUUUGUCACGGUUACUUUCCUGCUGUGGGGUAUGUCGUAUGGGCUGUUAGGGACGCUCAACAAUGUCGUCGCUAUGGUGGCCGACAUGUCAGUCCCUCAAACCAUUGGGCUCAACAGCAUCUAUUUUGGACUGGGAUACCUUCUUGGGCCGCUCAUUGUAGGCGUCUGGAUACUCCGUCAUGAUGAACAUCACCGCUCUCGACAUGCGACCAGGAACCACCGACCGCACGAAUCGAUUGGUGGGUUCAAAGCCACCCUGAUGCUGGGUCUUGCAAUCUUUGGCACUGGUACAAUCUGUUUUUGGCCUGCCGCCGUGUUGGCGAGCUUUCCGGGGUUUAUGGUCUCAAACUUCAUCGUCGGCAGUGGUCUUGCGGUCUUGGAGACGGCAGCCAACCCAUUUUUGGUGCUCUGUGGCCCCAGCGAGUAUGCCACCAUGAGGCUAUGCCUGGCACAAGGUGUCCAGGCUGUCGGAAGUGUCCUCAGCGGCCUUUUGGCCCAACACGUCUAUUUCUCCAACAUUUCACAGCGGCAAGAGCGCCCCGACUCACUCAUCCUAUCCGAUGUCCAGUGGACCUACCUAGCCGUCACCUUGUUCUGCGCUGCUCUUGCGCUACUGUUUUACUACAUCCCUCUCCCCGAGGUGAGCGACCAGGAAUUGGCAGCCAGUGCCGAAAAGUUGCCGGUGGACUCGACCAAGCGCAGCAUCGGCGGCCUUCAGCUGCGCACAGUUUGCAUCAUCCUCGCCGUGCUCGCCCAGUACUGUCUAAUCGCGGCACAGGAGAGUGUGUCCAUCUUCUUCCAAGACCUCGUUUCGGCACUGGUGCCUACCGAAUCCGCAACGCCCAUCGCGUCAGUCUCGUCCGGGACUGGGUCUGGAUCUACAGCCAACGCCACAAACAGUGAACCCAAUCCGCCAUCACUAACGCUCUCGGUAUCCAACUAUGUGGUCAUCUCCCACACCGCCUUUGCAAUUUCCCGCUUUCUAGCCGGGGGACUCGCAUACCUCUCGGCAAAACACCCUCGAAAUAAAUGGAUACCGACUCCACGGACCGUGUUGCUUACCUCGAUAUUUACGGCAGUCAUGGCCAUGAUUGCCAUCAUCACAGUCAAACGUUCGUCAUCAUUAAUAGGCCCCAAUAUUAUAGCGAUCCCAAUCGUCAUUUUCUUCUUCGCCGAGGGGCCUGGCUGGCCCUUGAUAUUCUCGCUCGGCCUGGUCGGACAAGGGUCAAGGACCAAGCUAGCCGCAGCAUGGCUGACCAUGGGAGCAUCUGGCCCGGCCUUUGUCCCAUUUAUCAUAUAUGCAAUAGUUCAGCGUAGCGACACAGGCAGGAAUAUCCAGGUUGCAUUUUGUGUCGUAGCAGCAGUGCUGUGCUUCACGCUCGUCUACCCAUUGUAUCUAUGCUUUGGGCGCGAUGCCCGCAAGAUGGUCGACCCCGUUGACCCACGCGACCAGCCUGCAAUGCCGUCACCUGCAGAGGAGCAGGUCGGCAUCGACACCUUGCUGGAGCGUCGCAUGAGGGGGAGGUUGUCGGCCAUGUCGGCAGAAGGUCGAGGGACCAGCAAGUCCACUCUGGCCAAUACGAACGACUGGGAGGAAGACGGGCCGCGAUCCAUCGCCCUUUUUGACAAGUUGAAAAACGGCUUGGAGGCGGCAAAACAAGGCCUCCACGAGCACCACACAAACAGCCCAUUGAAGGGAUCCCGCAACAACAGCCCGCGGCGUCCGUCGGCGACGUCGACCUCGCCCCGCUCGGCCGUCUCCACUCUCCGCGGCGAGCGCUUGGAGACAACGGAUGAAAUCAAAGAGGAGGAGGAAGUGGGAGAAGAGAGGGAGAACAGGUCGAGCGGUGAGGAUGGUGAGAAACUGAAACCGCCAUUCUGACAGUUUAUAUUGGAGCUUUCUGCUCUGUUUUAUUGGGACAAAAUGGCGUCUUUUUUUUUAAUUUUCUGUUCACAGCGUGCAGGUUCUGAUAUUUCGUUGAAGCCGAAAUCUCAAGCAUCUCAUGAUAAGCCCACCGCGAAUACCCAUCCAUGUGUUUAUACAUUUUAAAGUUAUUCAAAAGUUCUCACCAAUAAUUCCACAAUUCCAUAAUGAAAUCUUGAAUGAGCUGAGGCGUGCAAACACAAUCUUUGUCUGAUG